AUGGCCUACAUCCAACAAAUAUGUGCCUCUUUUUCCCUUAUUGCAUGCCUUCUAAUUCUAUACACUGAAGGAAGGCAACUAAAAGCAUUCCAUAAAGAAUCUCCCCCGUCAACUACACCGAAUCAAAGUAACAAAUUUGGCAGAUAUGAUGCGACGAAUAUAAAUGAUUUCCGACCUACAGCACCAGGAACCAGUCCUGGUAUUGGCCACUCUUUUUCAGAACAAAAAGAACACAUCCAACAUAAAGCUCCAAGUUUCACAUCUAGUACUGUUAGCCACACUGUUGCAGGAACUAAAGAUGAUUUUCGACCCACGGGACCAGGCCACAGCCCUGGUGUUGGUCAUUCUUUCCAGAACGUGAAAAAAGGAUCAAAUGCAUAA